AUGCAAGACAAGGCCCGGGAUUCCGAUAGCGUGGGAGAAAUUGGAUUUGGCCCUAGCGCUGGGAAAGCUGACUUAAUCUGGGUAGCAAACACAAACAGGCCAGUCCUCAUGUACUGCGUCCUCGAGCUAGAGCUGGAUGGAAACCUGGUCUUGCGAGAUAGCAACCACAGUAUCGCGUGGGAAUCCAAGACCGCUGGCAUGGGCGUCGUGGGGAUGGAGCUCCUCGAGACCGGCAAUCUGGUUCUCUAUGGCAGCGCCAACGAGAUGAUAUGGCAGAGCUUUGCAGAUCCCCACGAUACACUCUCCGUCGGCCAGCGCCUCCUGCCCGGGCAAUCGAUUGUGAGCAGCGUGUCCAAGCAUAACUUUUCGCGCGGCUACUUUCGCCUCCUCGUGGAACACGACCGGGUAUCGCUGAAGUUCUCCACCUCUGGGGUGAGCUAUGGAGAGUGGUGCCCUUCUAAAGAGGAGAUUGGAUUCCUUGCAGUAAACAAUGGAUCGAUAAGUUGCCACCGCAAGCAGGAUGGCUCCAUGAUCACGUCCAUCACUUUCCCGGAGACUAAGAGCCGAUUCUUGUGUCUCCUUCCAAGCGGCGAUCUCCGGGUCUACGGCGAUGUUGUUGCAGACAAGGGGAAAAGUAUCAUCGACAACUUCGUGGAGGACAACUCGCCGUGUGGGAAGUUCCCGGGAUCUUGUGGGAAGUACGGCUUCUGUACGGCGAGUGGAGAAUGCAUUUGUCCCGCGAGCUACUCUUCGUACGUGGAUGCUAGCAAUCCCAGGCUUGGAUGCAAGCUAAAUCGCCCACCACCAGAGUCGCUGGAGAACUGCGAGAUAAGUAGUGAGCUCGAGGAGUAUCCUGGGUUGACCUCUGUUGGAUUAUACAAGGAUUAUACAGACGUGUCGAUUGAGCAGUGUAAGAGUUCGUGCCUGAGGAACUGUAGCUGCAUGGGAGUUCUGUUUAGCUUGCACAGGUGCGUGGAGUUGCCUGAGGUUUUCACCUUGUGGAACUCUAUAGAUAUGUAUGGAUCGUCAGAGAAUAUCACGGCGUUUGUGAAGAUGGGCUUGCGAAAUUCUAGAAACUACAAUGCUCCAAACGGGAGAGCAGAACUAUAUGAUCGGAGAAAGGAAUUGAGGUCAUCGGCUUACAUUGCUGCUGCCAUUGUUUUUGGAGCAGCCAUCAUUUUGGUGGUCGCGGUAUGGAAGUUUAACAAAGCAACACCAAAAGAGACAGGGAAGAACUCUCCGAGUAGGGAAUUACUCCGGCCAGAGUUUCCUAACGCUCCCAGGUACUGUGAGUAUGAGGAGCUGUGUGAGAUCACUGGCAACUUCAAGACUAAACUUGGUCGGGGGGGAUUCAGCACUGUUUUUGCAGGAGUUCUCCAAGAUGGCAGCAAGGUUGAGGUUAAAAGGUUGGAGAGCGCAAGGCAAGGGCUCAAGCAAUUCGAGGCCGAGGUGAGAACCAUUGGAAGCAUCCAUCAUCGAAACCUGGUCAAGUUGCAAGGCUAUGGAGCUCACAGCCAGCACUACUACCUGGUAUACGAGUUUGUGGAAAAUCUCUCGUUAGAUAAGUGGCUCUUUAGCAAGGUCGAUGACCAUGAUCCGGACAAGCAGGAACAAUUAAGCUGGAAGAUAAGAUCUCGGAUUGCCAUGGACAUUGCUCGUGGCCUGGAUUAUCUUCACGGAGGCUGCAAGGAUCAGGUCCUCCACCUUGACAUCAAGCCACAAAACAUCCUCCUUGACACAGAUUUUGGAGCCAAGAUUUGUGACUUUGGACUUGCAAGGCUGGUCGAGAGGAGUGAUCACGAGAAGAUCUUUGUCAACACGGUGAUGCGAGGAACUCCCGGAUACAUGGCUCCCGAGUGGCUCCAUUCCCGGGUGACGGACAAGGCAGAUGUUUACAGCUUUGGGAUCGUUUUGCUGGAGAUUGUGAGUGGAAGAAAGGUGGUGCCCCUCCCGGCCAGCGCGGUGAUCAGUCAGGGAGAUUCCAGGAUCUUAAAAGUAAACGCAUUUGAAAGAAGUGAACUGCUGCUUGGACACGUGGAUCCGGGACUGCUGCUUGAGCCCGACUUCGAUUUGGGAGAGGCGAAAGAGGUGGUAAGGGUUGGACUUAUGUGCGUCCACCAAGAACAGCUUCUAAGACCUUCUAUGGGGGUUGUGUUGAAAAUGCUGGAAGAAGCGUUGGCCAAUAGAUGA